ACUCAGCCAUGAUAAGGAAAGGCUUCCAGGUAGCAGCAAGACUCGGCUACCACAGAGUCCUUCCUGGUACCCCCCGCAUCCUGCCCAGACUCAACACUGCUGCAGCAUUUGGAUCCUCCACGGAGUCCCUGGUCUCAAGAUUCUGUCAAGAGAAGACAGAUUUGAAGGAUUAUGCCCUUCCCAAUGCCAGCUGGUGUCCAGACAUGCUGAGCCUGUACCAGGAAUUUGUGGAGAAGACCAAGGCUGAUGGCUGGAUCAAACUGCCCUCCUUCAAGUCCAACAGAGACCACAUCCAGGGGCUCAAGCUGCCAUCUGGGUUAGCAGUUUCCUCAGACAAAAGUGACUGGCGCAUCUUCACCAGAUGCAUCCAAGUGGAAGGACAAGGCUACGAAUAUGUCAUCUUUUUCCACCCAUCCAAGAAGAAAUCUGUCUGUCUUUUCCAACCAGGCCCCUACCUGGAAGGGCCACCAGGGUUUGCCCAUGGAGGGUCCCUGGCAGCCAUGAUGGACGAGACCUUUUCUAAAACUGCCUACCUGGCUGGAGAGGGGCUAUUGACAUUAAGCCUCAACAUCAGGUUCAAAAACUUGAUCCCUGUGGGCUCUCUGGCUGUGCUGAACGUUGACGUGGAAAAGAUUGAGGACCAGAAGCUUUACAUGUCCUGCAUCACCCUGAGCAGGGACCAGCAGACAGUCUAUGCCAAGUCCUCAGGUGUUUUCCUGCAGCUGCAGCUGGAAGAGGAGUCGUCACAGUAACAGUCACUAUGCCUUCAGGAGGGCCUACUGCUGACUGCCUGCCUGCCUGGGACCCACCACAGAGCAGGGAGGGGUCCCCAGGGAAGUGACUGGUGAAGUGAGGGAGAGCGCAAUUUCCUCUUGAGUAAAUAAAGUCUCACAGCUGCAUUCUCAGCCCAAGACCCUUCUGUAACUGGAAAUCAAAAUGCUUCCAGGGCCUCCCAAACACCCACCUUCCCAUUAAGCACCAAAGGAAGAGAUUUACUGAGCAUCUGCCAGGUACCAGAUGCUGGGGGAAGCUCCAAGCACACCAUGAUGAAAGGCAGGGCCCUUGGCCUCAAGAUGCACAAUCGCAGACCAGGAGCAGAGUGCACAGGGUGCCCCUCAGCUCCCCCACCCCACCCUGGCUCCUAUUGUGGGUGCAGUGCAGACACAAAGGGAGGAGGGGUCAAUUUUACUCUAUGAAAGCAAUCAGAAAAGGCUUUCUAGAAGAAGCUGUGCUUGAACUGAGUCUCAAAAGUUAAGUGGUGUUCACGAGGCAGGCAGGGGAGAAGAGGAUACUCUAGCCAGAGGGAGCAGUAGGAG